AGAGUCCUAUGAAGCAAAAUCAACGUACUCUCACUCACAGUCACAUGACUUUCUGCUUACAUUUAAACCUACCGAUUUGGACUAUUUCACUAGUUUUCUAUCCUGGCCCUUUGGGGGCUUUUAGCAUGGAUUCUAACUUGCAUAGUAGUGAAGAACAAGAUUCCAAUUAAAACUUUAUGGUCAAGCAACUACUGUAAAACUUGUGGAAGUCUACAUGAUGGGAAAGUUAAAUAUAUUCGAGAUUUGUUACACAAAUUUAACUGGUGUGUACUAUGCAGGUCAGGUUGUUGAAGGGAUUGUGACUGUGGAACUGAAAGAACCAAUGAAAAUGAGAGGGAUCAGAAUCAACUUUAAAGGUGAAGCUUAUGUUAUGUGGGAGGAGAGGAGAACAGAAAAACAUGGUCAUGAGGAAAGUGAUGUUAAUGACACUUAUUUUAACUCAGAAAAAUACUUUGAUCAAGAUAGCCUUUUAUUUGGCAUCUGGCCGAAUCAAGGUAAUAGAACUCAAGAGCUUCCUGCAGGGCGGCAUACUUUUCCUUUUUCCUUUCAACUACCUUUUAAUCUACCAUCCUCAUUUGAAGAUUAUGUGGGCUAUGUAAGGUACACUGCCAUUGGCAUAAUAGAUAAACCAUGGAAAUUUAACCACAAAACUAAACGUCCAUUUACUAUUAUUGGUGUUCUAGACUUGAAUCAGAUUCCAGGCGCCCAGCAAAGACUGCAGGUAACAAAAGAGAAAAAUGUAUGUUGCCUUUGUUGCAAGACUGGACCUAUUCAAGCUACAUUUAACAUUGAAAGAACUGGUUAUGUUCCUGGUGAAGCUAUCAAAAUCUAUGCAGAAAUUAGAAAUGGCUCUAGCAGGAGAAUUGACAAAUCAUAUGUUAACUUGAUUAUGUACAAGACUUUUCAUGCUGUAACAAGAGCACGAACUGAUAUUCAAGAGAUAGCCAGGGUGACUAGGCCUUCUAUUCCAGCUCACAGUGAAGAUGUCUGGUCAGGAGAGAAUCUUGUCAUUCCACCUUUACCGCCAUCAUAUUUACAAGGCUGUCGAAUUAUUGACAUCAACUAUAUUUUGAAGUUAAAUGUAGAUCCUAGUGGGCCCAGUCUUGACUUGAUAAUUCCUUUUGAAGUUAUCAUUGGAACAGUGCCAUUGGCAUUUGUGGUGGAAAGUUGUCCACCAAUGCCUCCCUCUCCAAUUGCUUUUGAAAAACUGUAUCAGUGGGACCUUACUCCUUCUGCCCCACCACCAAAUGCCAUGGCUGCUUUACCUCCUGGUAGUCCAUCUAACAAUCCACCUCCAUCAUAUAAAGAAUGCAUCACUGGUCCCUAUAGCAUUCGAGAUAAAGAUGACAAUGAGCAUGUGAAAGGUCAACUCAGCUAUGCUCCAUCCUACACAUACUACAAUUGGGGUCACAAGCCAAGUGGUUUACCAUCAUAAUUGUUGUUGGCCUCCUUCAGUCAUAGAAAGACUAGGGUUCAUCUCAUAGAAUACUUUUUCAUGUUACUGUGGAGCCCUAUUCUCAAGAGACAUUCCUGUCUACAUGUAUUGCAUAUUAAGGUGGCAUUUGCUUUGGUAUUAGAGGAGCCAUCCAUAAUGUAGAAUGAACAAAUAUGUGAACAAAAAUUUUUAUAGGCCUUGCAUUUUGUACCAAAAUUAACAGUCAUCUGUUUGUGUGAAUGAUUCAAUUAUAUCUAACAGAAGGACACGCUGCAGUUCAAAUAGAACUCCAAAGCUAACCCCAUCAUUUAUACAAUAGACACGUACUGGCUUAAAUUGGGUUUUAAAUGGAAAGCAGUUGGUGAUCAUAUGUGCGGUGUCUUCUAUUCCUGUGAUGUAAUUCUUAUCCUUGCAAAUACAAAUCUGUGACCUAUGAUGCUUUAAAAACUGACAGUUUAUUCUCAUUGUUUAUGUUACUUUUAUAUUAUUUUAGUAUAGAUCAAUAUUAUUAAUCUUAUAAAAAAAUUUUUGAUUGUUACAUGCUGAUUCUCAGUCAUUGUUUUGUAGCUCUAAACAGCUAGUACGACUAAAUCAAAGUAGGCAUAUGUUAUGUUGACUUUUGUUGUCAUGAAAUAAAUUUGAAACAAGUAAAUUACAAAAAAAAAUACUUUAAAAAAAGAAACAGAGCUUAAAUUGAAUGAAAUUGCAUUAAUUAUUUUCAAUCAAUUAUGUAAUUAAUUUUUAAUAGAUCUAGACUUGCAAUAAUAAAUUUGUGAGAUUGGAAAUAUUCUUAUUAAUUGUUUUUGUUUAAUGCCACUUUCAUGCUUAUAGCAUGCUCAGUAGUGCGCUAUGGCCCAAUCACUUUUGUGGACUGAUUUGAAAGGGAUGGGGGGUAUCUGGGAGAAGGUUUCUGUUAAUCAUUUUAAUAUUUGUUUUAUUAUGGGGUUUAAAAAAUAUAUGGAAAUAUUCUAAAUUGUCAUAUCAAUAUUAAAUGUUAAACUACAAUUAUAUUCAACUGUUGCAACAAACUUUAAAUGCCAAUCUUCUAAAACUGUGUUAAUUGUUUUUAUCAUUGUUCUGAACAAGCUAUACAAAUAUAAUCUGUGAUAUGAACAAUAAGAUGGGAACUUAAUAUCUAUUUAUUUUAUUUUAAACAUGAAUCUAAUAUCCAUGUAUUGUAUUUUAAACAUGAAUCUAAUAUCUAUGUAUUGUAUUUUAAACAUGAAUCUUGAAUCUGAAUUUCAUUUAAUGAAUUUUUUAAAAUUUAAUUUCAAAAUUUAUCUUUGUGCACUUUUUUUUGUAUGUACUUUCACUAAAAGUAUUUUUUUUCCCUCUAAUUGUCAUGUCUAUGUUUGAGAUUAUUGACUGACUUGAUUAUUUAUUAAAUGUUAUAUGGACUAUGAGGAACCAAAUUUGGGUCUCAUUUUAACUGCUGAAUAACUUGUAUUGUUAUAAUGUAAAUUAUGUUUCAAUAUCUUAUGACAAUCUUUUACAACAUUUUUAGAAUAAUGCAUUUGUUGAUAUUUUAGAAUGACAUGAACUUUCACAUCAUUUUAUAAGAAUGCUUCUGUCGAUAUUGUUACGAUUUUCUCUACCAGGCCUUCUGUAAACACUGCUCAAAACAACACAUCUAAAACAAGAACUUGACAAGAGUUUCAAAAAUAGUGUGGUAGUUUGAUGAUUAAAUACAUCAACAGCCAAUACAACACAAUUCAUUACACUAACUACAAAUGCUUUCUUGUACUUAACAAAACUGUCUACUAAACACUACUAGUCUCUCUGUCUACUCCUAGACUAGUACAGCUACAUUCUCGAGGACUCACUUUGUACCACACUGUCCUUACUGCCUUGCUGUCCUGGACUGAACAGCCCUUUCUUACACACUGUCUCUCAUCUGUGAAGGCUAUUGAUCACAUGACCAAAACAUGUCAUAUUUAUGUGUACUCACAGUACUGUCUUUUGUCCAUUGACAGCCGUUAACCUAGGUGAUUUGCUUGAGUCGUGUGUCAGUAGGUCACACACACAUUAACCCUAUCAGUCAGCCACAACAAUAUUUAAGAUUUAAAUGUGACACUGUUUAAGAAACGUGUUAUUAAGUUAUAUCAAGGUGAUUGCAAUUAUUAAAAAGUGACAGUAUUUCAGUUUCAGUAAGCUAAGAAAAUAGUCUCAGUAAAGUAUUUGUUUAAAUUGUUGCAUUGUAAAAUUAGUUGAAGUCAAUACUUUUAACAAAUAUUUUCAAAUGCAGCCUAAAUUCACAUUAAACAUGCCUUUAGUUAUAUUUUUUUAUAUGUGGUUAAGAAAUGUAAAGUUUGUUGAUGAUGAUGACUGUGAUACAGAAGUUGACAUAACUGUUUUCAAGCUAUUAACAGGAUAAUGUGAAAACGCAAUCAGAGAUUUUGUUGGUUUCACAAUGUAAAAGUUAUUUGUAUGUGAAAAGUUUUGGAGAAUGUAAUUUAAAAUGAGUGGCAGAUGCUUGAUAAAGUAACAGUUGAUACAUAGCCUAAUGCAAAAUCCACAAACUUUUUACCUCAAAUUAUAAUUUUCAGUUUUAAUAAAAAUCUAAUAAUAACUUUUUUACACUCAAUAUCAUUUUCAAAACACAAUUUAUGCUCUGAAAAAAAUUUAAACAUUGUUGUUAUUUUUCAUUUCAUAUUGACAUUUAGGCCUAUUCUUGAUUUGUUUGUUUUACACUUUAUUAGAGACAUAUUAUGUAAUCUAUUCUUGAAAAUAUUUUUUACUCUUUUUUUUAUAAGUUUCUUUUUAAUUUAAAUUUUUAAUAUUUUAACAAUAAAUUUUAAAUUUAAAUUACUUUCUAAAUUAAACCACUGGAGGUACCUGAAAAUGACUUCAUUUGCAUUUAAAUAAUAAUAUCUUUAUUAUCCUAUGGGAAAUUUAGUUUACAAUAAGUCAUAACACAGAACAAAAUACUAAAACCAUGCAAAUUAAAUGUACAUUCAUAUAACAGUCAUAAAAAAAUUGCAUGAGGAGUUUUUGACAAAAGGUGGGCAGUUAGUCCAUAAUUUUAUUCUUGUGUUCCUUUCAUCAGUCCCUAGAUAUUCCCUAAAUGUGAGUAAAAUAUAGUGUCGGUUAUCUUAUAAACUGAUAAUUUAAAUGCAAUGCAUAAUUUGAUGAAUUCACUUGAUUUCUUCCCACAAAUUUAUUUAAUCAUACCCAUGGGCAGGCAUCUACAUUUCGAAUGGAAAAACACUUUCCUGCACACCGUAUUUAAAACUAGUUUAACUGCCUGCUACUCUAAUCUCUGACCUAUAAUUUACAUUCUGGAAAAAUAAUUUUAGUAGUGCACGUAUGUAAAAAAAAAAAGAAGAU